AUGGCACACAAUAAGGGGUCAUCACUCACUGAAAAAUAUGUUGGAAGUGAAUUCAGGGAUUCCAUUUCACUUCUGGAUGUUUUGUACGCAAAUGAAUUUGAAGAAGAGGACAUAGACUCAGCAGUAGCUAAGAAGACUGAGGCAGAUUUUUACAGAGGAGCCCCACCUCAUUGGCUUAAUUUCUACUGGGCUGAAAGGGCAACGUCAGCUGAUAAAACAACCCCCUUUAUCAAAAGAGACGGUUACAGUGAGCUGAUAAAAAAUAUUCAGAAACGGUGUAAGGGAGACCUCACUUCUACCAUCAAGCUGCUGCAUCAGCCAGGCAGCGGGGGAACCACUCUGGCCAAGCAGGUGCUCUGGGAUAUGAGGAAAACACUGAGGUGUGCUGUUCUAACAGGCCCUACCUCAGACAUCACCGCUAUCGCCAAGCAGGUGAUUCACCUUUUCACUGCAGGCAGUCAACGCAACCAGAACACUGUGCUCUUAAUGCUGGAAGAUGAGUGUAUUCUGGAGAAUCUGCAGGAUGCCAUCAUGAAAGAGAUUGCAGAGAGAAACAUCACGACCCACAUGCCUGUGGUCAUCAUUUUAAAUUGUGUACGUAAGGCAGUAUUCAAACAAGAGGACCAUAACAACUCAAGACAUGUUAUUCUCAGGACGGAACUUUCUGAAGCAGAGAAACAACAGUUUGAGGAGAAACAGAUUGAGAUCAGUCGAAGAUACAGCAAUGAACACAAACAGUUUCAUGGCUUUAACAUAAUACGAGAACAUUUUAGUGGAGAUUAUGUUAGAAAAACGUGUGCCCUUUUAGGAGAUGUUAGGAAAAAUAGAAGACCUAAAAAUUCCCAGCUUCUAGCAUUCUUAUCACUGGUGAAUGCCUACGUCCCUGGCUCCCACCUUCUGCAAUCUCAAUGUCAGGCAUUCCUUGGACCUCCAGAUCCCAUUUACGGAGGUCCUUCCUUUGAGCAGCGAAUGGAGCCUUUCACUCAUCUGAUAGUGACAUUCCCUGCACGACAGGGACAAGACAAACAUGUCCGCAUGGCUCACCCACUGAUUGCACAGCAGUGUGUUGAGUUACUGGCUACGGCAGGUGUGACCAGGAGUGAUACAGCAAGGAACUUUCUGACAGAAUUUUGUAGAGAAGAUGUGCAACAAUUUUUAGUUCAAGACAUGCUAACAAAAAGAGAAAUGGAUGAUGAGAGGAAAGACAAGUUUUCCAGGUUGAUUCAAGAUAUUGAAGGCAAAGAAUCCAAAAGCAAUUGUGUAUCUGUUUUACGUUUAGCUUCAGAGAAAUUCAUGCAAAACCCAUUUUUUCCUCAAAAUCUUGCUCGUUUUUUUUACAUUGAGACAAGAGACUAUUUUAAAGCGGUGAAGUGGGCAAAGAUAGCGAAAGACAGAGAUCCUAAGAGUUCAUUUGUUGCUGACACACUGGGGCAAGUAUACAAGAACCAGUUGAAGAGCAGGAUCGAAGAAGAGCAGGGUUCCACCAGGGUCCCUAAAGAGCAGGGUUCCUUCAAGGAUCCUGAAGAGCAGGGUUCCAUCUCUGCACAAGACAUUUUGCAACUGUCAAAAAAGGCCUUUGAGGCUUUCAAAGAUGAGGAAAGGGCUGCUGAAAAUGAGCAGGGAGCAGACAUGCAAGACGAUGGUAUGACCAAAGUGUCAAGCAUCUUUAACAACAGAGGACUAUUUGGUUAUCUACAGGUUGCCAACAUUGUUUUUGACUCGCUUGUCUCUCUUGACAAACACUGGCAAAAGGUUCUUACCAUGGAAAUAUCAGCUGACUCCUUCUUCAUAUCAACUGGACAAAAAAAGCUCUUGAAGUACAAGUCACUCAUCAGCAGCCUCAGGGAUGAGGUGGAGAGGAAAUGUGAGUUUUUCGAUGGUUACCUGACUUACUCCAAACCCAGCAUAGAGAAAAAUGAACCGCCUUACUUUUGGACUGAUGUCAAGAACUGCUACCGCAAAUAUGUGGGGACACGCACACCUAUACACUCAGAGUUUGCAAUAGGUAUACCCCUCCAGAAACUCAAAGAAGAAAUGGCCAUUGCCUUCCCUGGACUGCUUUCCUGUCUUGAUAAGGGCUAUGAUAAAACUCACUUGCGCCGAAUAACAAUAUUGUGGGAGGAAAUAAAAAAAGAAUGGGAAAAAAAGAAAGAUGGUGACAACAAAGCUGCCCAAAACUUCAUCCUUGCCAACAUCAUCUUAAGCAAAGUGGAAGCAGCAUCUCCAGUGCUUACCCCUUUGCCAAUCCUAAGACAUAUUCUGGAAAGACAUCUAUUGACCAAUUUCGGUAACCAAACCCCAGAGUUUUACUUCUUAGUCCUUUUGCUGUUUUGGCCCGAGGAGCAUAAGAAAAUGGGACUCAAUGUUGACCUCAACAAAUGUGUUCUAGAGAUGCAAGAGUCCUACGAAAACACAUACAAGAAGCAUCUUCGCUCAAGGUACCUUCGCCCCCUUAUUUUCCUGGGAAAGGGUGAGGGUUUGAGCAGACUGGUUCAUAGAUCAAAAAUAGACAACCUAUUGGCAAGGGAGAAUCCAACGGCAGGGUCAGACUCUAUAGAUCAAAAGUGUAGCAGUGGUGAGGUGUGGGGAAAACCCAUUGUCCAGGAUCUUCUUCUUCCAGUCAAUGGAGUGGUUAGACAGCACAGGGUGUUUGCGUGUGUUGACGGCAAGGAGAUUAAAGUUUGUGCCGAUCAACGAAGCAACAUUUGGAAGUCCGGAGAUGUCUGUUUUUACCUAGGCUUCACCAUUAGAGGUCCUGUGGCCUAUGGCAUACAGUACCCAUCCCAUCACGGACAUUUAUUCUAUUCAGACAUGAUGACAGGGGGGGAGCCUCGUAAAAUGUUGAAAGUACCUGACAUCAAAUCGAUCAAAGAAGGUAAGACAGUUCUAAUCCUCAUUUUCUCAUUUCAUCUCUAUAUUCUAUCACUCAUGUUCAUUUAAGUAAAUUAUAUGUUCAUGUGCUAAGUUAUCCACAAUACAGUGACUUCCAAACCCACCAAUUUACACAGGGGAAACAGUGACGCUGGGAGCAUUUGUGACUCAUCUCAUGGAGAUCAUUAUUAGCACUAAAUAUCAUUGUUAUGAUAUUUGUGAUAUCAUUGAUUUGAAAAUGCUUGUGUACCAGUACAUUUAGACCACUGUAUUAUCACUGAGGUUAGUGCUUGGGGUGGUUGAUUUUCUGAUUGAUGUGUCUGUCCCCAGGGGCUGUGAGAAGUUGCACAACAUGUGCCAAUGUGAUGGUGAGUUAAUGUUUGUUACAGUAUUCAUAGUGUACAAUAGUAGUAUAUAAGUGUAUGACAAAUGCAACUUCUUUACCACCACCUACCGUAUGUUGUCUGUGCUCUGUAUUCAUGAAUAUAAUUUUUUUCUCAUAAAAAUCAGAAAUAUGUUGGGGAAAUCCUACAUCUCGCUCCAGUUUCACAGCUGACCUCUUAGAAAAAAGCAGUGCUUAAUUUGUAAAUUGGGAGGUGCCUGAACAAAAUGUGAGCACGAGAGGGGGGUGACCUGGGGUGCUCUCAGGUACCAGAACCCAUGACAAAACAUUCACCUUCAUAAUAAAGCAUUGCAUAAAUUAUCAGCGCUUUUGCGUGCUGGCAUACAGUAGUAAAGCUGGUUAUAGAAUUUGCACACACGUGCCCAAAAAUUUGAAGCCUAGGGUUCAGGAAACAUUUGACCUUUUAUAAACGCAUUUAAUUCAAUUUUACAUCAUUUUAGAUGGCUGGAGACUUGAGCAAAAUAUUUUUUAAUACCUCACAAAUGAUCGAAAUGACAGGCUGCUUUGACAAUGACAAACUUAGAAUCAGAGAUCAAUAAAUGCGACCUUGUCUUGAAUCCAUCAAUAGCUUAGGCCUAGGUGUGUGGAGAAAUUAUAAUCCUAAAAAAGCUUUCCAGUUUCACUCGCUCACCCAAUGAUGCACAGUUCACUCACCUGCAAUGACCGAUGCGCUCAUGCUUUAAGCCAUCUCUUUGUUGUUUUACUUUGUAAAACAAUGCUGUUUGUUCAAUAGGCCUAUUUGGAAGUUGAUAACAUAUUUUGUAGCCUACAGUCAGAUUAGUCUUCUCUUUUCAGUAGAAUCAUUUGCUUUCCAAACUGUUCUUUCACGCGAUUGUAUACUGAACAAAAAUAUAAAUGCAACAUGCAACAAUUUCAAAGGUUUUACUGAGUUACAGUUCAUAUAAGAAAAUCAGUCAAUAUAUUCAUUAUUCCCUAAUCUAUGGAUUCACAUGAUUGAAUACAGAUAUGAAUCUGUUGGUGACAGAGACCUUAAAAAAAAGGUGUGGGUGUGGAUCAGAAAACCAGUCAGUAUCUGGUGUGACCACCAUCUGCCUCAUGCAGCGCAACAGAUCUCCUUUGCAUCGAGUUGAUCAGGCUGUUGAUUGUGGCCUAUGGAAUGUUGUCCCACUUCUCUUCAAUGGCUGUGUGAAUUUGCUGGGUAUUGGCGGGAACUGGAAUACGCUAUCGAACACGUCAAUCCAGAGCAUCCCAAACAUGCUCAAUGUGUGACAUGUCUGGUGAGUAUGUAGGCCAUGGAAGAACUGGGACAUUUUCAGCUUCCAGGAAUUGUGUACAGAUCCUUGCGACAUGGGGUAGUGCAAUAUCAUGCUGAAACAUGAGUUUUAUGGAGGCGGAUGAAUGGCACGACAAUGGGCCUCAGGAUCUCAAAACUGAACAUUUUAGAGUGGCCUUUUAUUGUCGCCAGCACAAAGUGCCCCUGUGUAAUGAUCAUGCUGUUUAAUCAGCUUCUUGAUAUGCCACACUUGUCAGGUGGAUGGAUUGUCUUGGAGAAAUUCUCACUAACAGGGUUAUAAACACAUUUGUGCACUACGUUUUAGGGAAAUUAGCUUUCUGUGUGUAUGGAACAUUUCUGGGAUCUUUUAUUUCAGCUCAUGAAACAUGAUAUGGACACUUUACAUGUUGCAUUUAGAUUUUUGUUCAGUAUUAUUGAAAUAUUCCGAAAUGCCUGUUUUGGCUACAUGCUGUUCACUGACAGAUUUGCCAUGAUUCCCGACUGUAGGCAUGCCUUGUGAUUGGGCUACACACAAUCCACAGCUAGGCUUUUCAUUUUAAAUAAGCUAUUGAUCCUCUGUGACAAAAUUAUAGGCCUACAUCUGGUGUAGUAUUCUGAAUUAGAAUUUUGACAUUGCAAACAGUGAAAAUAAUUGUUCAUGCCACCAGAGGUACCGGAUCCUGGCAAAUGGGUUCCGGAACGAAACAGUCCAAAACUGAAAGGUGCCGGAUCCUGUUAAGCACUGGAAAAAAGGAUUAUAAAAUGGUUCUUUGCGGAGGGAUAGGGUUCUACCAACAACCAUUUUUAUCUGAAGAACCAUUUUUGAGAGACAAUGGUUCUUUGUAAGGCAAAAUGGUUCUACCUUUAACAUGCUAAGAAACAUUUUUAGAAGAAAGGGUUCUUUGAUUAUGUUUUUUUAAGGCAAGAAGGAUUCUUUGCAAGGUAAGAAGGGUUCUACACCCUUCAGAAUCUGAAUAAGCUUAUUUAUUGUAAUUUCUUUCUUUUAAAUAGUGCCUGGGCAUUUAUGUUUACCUCAGUAUUUAAACUUUAACAUCAGGAGUUAAAAAAUAUCAGUGAGAGUAAACCUAUAUGGGAAUAUUUGUACAGUGGUUUGCGAAAGUAUUCACCCCUCUUGGCAUUUUUCCUAUUUUGUUGCAUUACAACCUAAAAUUAAAAUGGAUUUUUUUGGGGGUUUGUAUCAUUUGAUGUACACAACAUGUCUACCACUUUGAAGAUGCAAAAUAUUUUUUCUUGUGAAAUAAGACUAAAAAACAGAACUUGAGCGUGCAUAACUAUUCAUCCCCCCAAAGUCAAUACUUUGUAGAGCCACCUUUUGCAGCAAUUACAGCUGCAAGUCUCUUGGGGUAUGUUUCUAUAAGCUUGGCACAUCUAGCCACUGGGAUUUUUGCCCAUUCUUCAAGGCAAAACUGCUCCAGCUCCUUCAAGUUGGAUGGGUUCCGCUUGCGUACAGCAAUAUUUAAGUCACACCACAGAUUCUCAAUUGGAUUGAGGUCUGGGCAUUGACUAGGCCAUUCCAAGGCAUUUAAAUGUUUCCCCUUAAACCACUUGAGUGUUGCUUUAGCAGUAUGCUUAGGGUCAUUGUCCUGCUGGAAGGUGAACCUCCGGCCCAGUCUCAAAUCUCUGGAAGACUGAAACAGGUUUCCCUGUAUUUAGUGCCAUCCAUCAUUCCUUCAAGUCUGACCAGUUUCCCAGUCCCUGCCGAUGAAAAACAUCCCCACAGCAUGAUGCUGCCACCACCAUGCUUCACUGUGGGGAUGGUGUUCUCGGGGUGAUGAGAGGUGUUGGGUUUGCACCAGACAUAGCGUUUUUCUUGAUGGCCAAAAAGCUCAAUUUUAGUCUCAUCUGACCAGAGUACCUUCUUCCAUAUGUUUGGGGAGUCUCCCACAUGCCUUUUGGCGAACACCAAACGUGUAUGCUUAUUUCUUUCUUUAAGCAAUGGCUUUUUUCUGGCCACUCUUCCAUAAAGUCCAUCUGUGUGGAGUGUACGGCUUGAAGUGGUCCUAUGGACAGAUACUCCAAUCUCCGCUAUGGAGCUUUGCAGCUCGUUCAGGUUUAUCUUUGGUCUCUUUGUUGCCUCUCUGAUUAAUGCCCUCCUUGUCUGGUCCGUGAGUUUUGGUGGGCGGCCCUCUCUUGGCAGGUUUGUUGUGGUGCCAUAUUCUUUCUUUUUUAAUAAUGGAUGUAAUGGUGCUCCGUGGGAUGUUCAAAGUUUCAGAUAUUUGUUUAUAACCCAAACCUGAUCUGUACUGCUCCACAACUUUGUCCCUGACCUGUUUGGGUGCUCCUUGGUAUUCAUGGUGCCGCUUGCUUGGUGGUGCCCCUUGCUUAGUGGUGUUGCAGACUCUGGGGCCUUUCAAAACAGGUGUAUAUAUACUGAGAUCAUGUGACACUUAGAUUGCACACAGGUGGACUUUAUUUAACUCAUUAUGUGACUUCUGAAGGUAAUUGGUUGCACCAGAUCUUAUUUAGGGGGUUCAUAGCAAGGGGGAUGAAUAUAUAUGCCCGCACCACUUUUCCGUUAUUUAUUUUGUAUAAUUUUUUUUAACACGUUUUUUUAUUUUAUUUUUCACCAAUUUGGACUAUUUUGUGUAUGUCCAUUACAUGAAAUCCAAAUAAAAAUCCAUUUGAAUUACAGGUUGUAAUGCAACAAAAUAGGAAAAAUGCAAAGGGAGAUGAAUGCUUUUGCAAGGCACUGUAUCUGGUAUUCCCUUAAUAAUUUUACAUGUAGCUGACGUAGUGGUGUAAACAAAUAACCAGAGUUGAGUGUGGCUGAUAAAUAACAUACAUUUUUCUAAACUAAUCCAAUCUGUUAGUAGUUGGACUUAUUGCACUCAUUACUGAGAUGGCUGUUCCAGUUUAGAUUAUUUAGGUAGUCUCAUUUUUCAAUCUUCUCUACACUGGCAGUCAUUCUUAAUGCAGGUUGCGGGUGAUACAAAUGAUAAUUGUUGGAUAUCCUCACUGACUGGAUUCCAAUAGGAAUUACACAUUCAGAGUGUUUAAUUUAGAUUCAGAUGGUUUACCUAGAGGGUUCUAGGUAAACCAUCACUUUGCAAGCGAGCAUAAUGUGACUUGCAGGCCUGAUGUGGCCGGUAAACCAGGAGUUUCUUAACACCACCAUUUUAGGGUAUAACUAAGCCCUCAAAUAAAGGUUUUAUGAUAUACAGUAUGUAAUCUAUUGUCAUAAAGAGUUUAUUUUUAAAGGCUAAUAAGGCCGGUGGAACCGUUCAUAGAGUGUUCUAGGAAGAACCCUUCAAAGAUUAAAGGGUUCUAGGCAGAACCAUUCAAAGAGGGUUCUAGGUAGGACCAUUUACAGGGGGUCCUAUGAAGAACCCUACAUAGAGGGUUCUAGGUAGAACACUCUGCAAAGGGUUCUACCUAGUACCAAAAAGGGUUCCCCUAUGGGGACAAACCAAAGAACCCUAUAUGGUUCUACUUAGUACCUUUUUUUCUAAGAGUAUAUAAUUCACAUCAGAAACCAUUCUAAGUAAAUUGCAAAUAAAGGUAUAGAAUAAGCAGGUUUGACAACAUUGUAAAGGCAAGUUAGGCUUCAAAGUACAAAGUAAAUCCUUUACCAACCUGGUCUCAGAGCAUUUCAUAUUAUUCUGUACAUAAAUCUGAGACCCUCCAUGUAGUAUGAUAUGUUACGUUUUGUAUGGUAUGUUAAUUUGUGGAUGUCCAUCAUCCAUUUCAUAUGAUAUGUUACGAAUAAAAAUGUGUAUCCUAUGUUAUGAAUUGCAAUUCGUAUGAUAUGUUAGGAAUUCCAAUUUGUUGUGGCUAACAUUAGCUAGCUGGCUAACGUUAGCUAGACUAGGGGUUAGGGUUAGGGGUGACGGUUCAGGUUAAGGUCAGGAUUUAGGUUAAAGUUAGGAGUAGGGCUGUUGUGGUGACCAUAUUACCUUCACACCCACAGUCAUGAGUCAUGACCGCAGUAAAAUUCCACGUGACCCUUGAGUCACAGUAAUCUCCUUUUAUGCACUCUGGACAUGCUUUGGUAUUAACCAACUUGCUAACUACCAUCAGGUCCUAAUGGCCUCCUACUCAGGGCUCUAACCCUCUGACAUCAAUACAUAAUGCAAUCGAAAAUCACAUCAAACACUUAUCACCAAAACAGUACACCUAUCAUCCUUUUAAAACUCACCUCACUGUGAUGAUCAAUUUGAAGAAAGAAGUUCAACAGCAGGUUGAAACAGUGUAAAACAUGGUUGUUGUGGAUGUUGUUUCAAAGCCUAACACAACUAAAUGGACAGGCUUUCAAAGCUGAUGAUUAAUUCAAAACACCAUAUGUAUAUUAGAGCUUAUGCUUAUGCAUUGGCUUAUAAGGCUAAGCCCCCCCCCCCCCCUUUUGCUGUUGGUUCAUUGAUUGGGCUGCUUACAGUUAGCCUUCCAUUAGUGAAAUAUUUUGAAGAGCCUAGUAAUAGGGAUUUUUUAUUUUUUCAUAAUUAUUGAGUGACACAUUACCUACAGCUAUACAGAAUAUCUCACCACCAUGAAUUUCCAUCUCCUUCUCUCUCAUUUAUUAAUUUCUUCAGCGCCCAGGGGCUGUCAACAGUUUAGUGAAAUAUGUUUUGUUGCGAAAACAUAUUACUAUUGAUGUUCCCGAACAGAUUUCACUUGGUUUCCCAAAUUAAGCACUGGUAGCUGCAGGAACUAGAUUGGGGAGCCCAUGGCAUACUCCUCGAAAAGCGAGAGCAUGCUCCUCGAAUAGUGGUUGAUGCAUGGAGUGAAAUAAGUGUUAUUAUAUUUAUUUCUAGCUGCUCAUAUUAAGCACAUGCUCCUCUUUAAAACCGAAGUAGACCGGCGGGAAUGCGCGCAGCCUCCAUUCGCUAUUUGAGUGCAUAUAGAUGACAUGUAUUUUUUUCCCCUACCCAUGUUCCUGCCCAUUUGAUAAUGGGCCAUUCUAAAUCAAAACUCAUUUUACAUAUUAGUAAAGACAAGAUUAAAUUGGGGAUAGUCUGAUGGGUGAAAAUAUGAUCACUUUAUGAGAGAACAGCUGUGCAGCCUGAGGCAAGGAACAAGAGUGCACGUUUUUUGUUGUUGUUACUUUCUCAAAUCAUCAAUAGCCUAUAGUUGCACAAUGCAGCCCAUACUGUAUAUGUUUUGUUUUCUAAGACAUUCUAAGAUUUUUAUCAUUCACAACUAAAGUUGCCAAAUAACUCUGAAUCUAGCAUACAGGACCUGUUUCAAAUUACCCUCAGCACAGCCACUUCAUAUGCGCACUCGCUAUGUAAUGGAGAAAAUAUCCUUUCUGUUUUAUUCAGCUAAGUUCAAUUAUAUUGUUCUUACUAUAAAAUCAGAUAAAAUAAAAGAAUGGAAAGGGACUUAUAAGCAUAUAUUGUUAGCUAAAUGAACAAGCUUACAGCGUAUGACAUGGUGCAUAACCAGAUAGUAGGCCAACUCAUAUUCGGUUCUUCUGAAAUACAUUUUCUUCAUAUCAUAAUGUUUAUAUAAAAUUGAAAUAAAUAAUGGAUUUAUUGUGAUGGUGUAUAUUAAAUUGAUUUAUUAGACUUUUUUAAAUGUAGAUGUUCUAAAGGUGCACAUCAGUGGCUUGUAUGAGUGGAGGCCUGGAGAUGCUAAAUGUGUUUAUGUUAAUUAACAGUCAAUUACCGUGAGACCAGCAUGCUUUUGCAUGACAAUAACCGGCUGACAACAUUUCAUGACCACCACAGUCCUAGUUAGGAGUUAGGUUAAAGGGUUGAGGUUAGGAGAAGGAUUAGCUGACAUGCUAAGUAGUUGCAAAGUAGCUAAAAAGUAGUAUGUAGAUGAAAAGUUGCUAAUUAGCAAAAUUUCUAAAGUUGUCCAUGAUGAGAUUCGAACAUGCAUUUAGGUUGCUAAACAUUCAUAUUAAACACCUACCCAUCCACCCUGACCAGCCACUUUCCUUUUGUUUUUGCCUUAAGUAACUUAUGUCUCAUGUAACCAUACCAAACGUAAAAUAUCAUACUAAUUUGAGUGUCCCGGAUUUACAUUUACUAUGUUACAUGUAGUCUGUGAGACCAGGCUGCCUUUACACUGUGAUGUUUAAGAAUUAUGUAAUAAAUUCAGUGUAUCUGUGAAAAUCAGAGAUCAAUGUUCUCUUAUUCAGGAGUCUACCAACUGGGUUCAGGUUGAGCCUGUGGUUUUCACUGAAGAAGGCCCAAUGUUCAGGUACUCUCCUGGAAUGUAUUAGUCCCUCACCAUAUACAUUAGGAUAAAAGCUUUACGUUUUGUUAUCCAACAAUUCUGUCUUAAGAUAAUAAUAACUAGAUGGAAUGUACAGUUGAAGUCAGAAGUUUACAUACACUUAGGUUGGAGUCAUUAAAACUCGUUUUUCAACCAGUCCACAAAUGUCUUGUUAACAAACUAUAGUUUUGGCAAGUCGGUUAGGACAUUUUUCCAACAAUUGUUUACAGACAGAUUAUUUCACUUAUAAUUCACUGAAGUUUACAUACACUAAGUUGACUGUGCCUUUAAACAGCUUGGAAAAUUCCAGAAAAUGAUGUCAUGGCUUUAGAAGCUUCUGAUAGGCUAUUUGACAUCAUUUGAGUCAAUUGGAGGUGUACCUGUGGAAGUAUUUCAAGGCCUUCCUUCAAACUCAGUGCCUCUUUGCUUGACAUCAUGGGAAAAUCAAAAGAAAUCAGCCAAGACCUCAGAAAAAUAAUUGUAGACCUCCACAAGUCUGGUUCAUCCUUAGGAGCAAUUUCCAAACGCCUGAAGGUACCAUGGUCAUCUGUACAAACAAUAGUACGCAAGUAUAAACACCAUGGGACCCCGCAGCUGUCACCUAAAGAUUAACGUACUUUGGUGCAAACGUGCAAAUCAAUCCCAGAACAACAGCAAAGGAUCUUGUGAAGGUGCUGGAGGAAACAGGUACAAAAGUAUCUAUAUCCACAGUAAAACGAGUCCUAUAUCGACAUAACCUGAAAGGCUGCUCAGCAAGGAAGAAGCCACUGCUCCAAAACCGCCAUAAAAAAGCAAUACUACGGUUUGCAACUGCAGAUGGGGACAAAGAUCGUACUUUUUGGAGAAAUGUCCUCUAGUCUGAUGAAACAAAAAUAGAACCGUUUGGCCAUAAUGACCAUCGUUAUGUUUGGAGGAAAAAAGCGGUAUCUUGCAAGCCGAAGAACACCAUCCCAACCGUGAAAAACGGGGGUGGCAGCAUCAUGCUGUGGAGGUGCUUUGCUGCAGGAGGAACUGGUGCACUUCACAAAAUAGAUGGCAUCAUGAGGAAGGAAAAUUAUGUGGAUAUAUUGAAGCAACAUCUCAAGACAUCAGUCAGGAAGUUAAAGCUUGGUCGCAAAUGGGUUUUCCAAAUGGACAAUGACCCCAAGCAUACUUCCAAAGUUGUGGCAAAAUGGCUUAAGGACAACAAAGUCAAGGUGUUGGAGUGGCCAUCACAAAGCCCUGACCUCAAUCCUAUAGAACAUUUGUUGGCAGAACUGAAAAGGCGUGUGCGAGCAAGGAGGCCGACAAACCUGACUCAGUUACACCAGCUCUGUCAGGAGGAAUGGGCCAAAAUUCACCCAACUUAUUGUGGGAAGCUUGUGGAAGGCUACCCAAAAUGUUUCACCCAAGUUAAACAAUUUAAAGGCAAUGCUACCAAAUACUAAUUGAGUGCAUGUAAACUUCUGACCCACUGGGAAUGUGAUGAAAUAAAUAAAAGCUUAAAUAAAUCAUUCUCUCUACUAUUAUUCUGACAUUUCACAUUCUUAAAAUAACCUGACUGACCUAACUGACCUAAGACAGGUACUUUUUACUAGGAUUAAAUGUCAGGAAUUGUGAAAAAUUUAGUUUAAAUGUAUUUGGCUAAGGUGUAUGUAAACAUCCGACUUCAACUGUACCUGCUAACACUUAUUUAAAGAAGACAGUCUGACUUCAUUGCAUUUGUUUAAUUAAUUGUUUAAAAGAAAUACAGUGUAAGUGAGGAUCUACAGACAAGUUUAACAAAGUAAAGCAACCAUUCUUAUAUUGGCCAACUGCUGAUAAACAAUUAAAUACAUGACUUACAUAUGCUAAACCCAUUCUGUCUUCUUUUCAUGCUGUCCCUAGCAUGUCUCCACCAGGGCGCUACGAGUGCACAGUAUCAGGGCUCCGGUGGGUGUGUAAAACCCAUGUCAAUCUGAAGUAUCAAUUCAGCUCCUGGGAGCUUCACAGGGCAAUGAUGAAAAGCUUGGGGUACAAGCAAGGAGGCCCCCUACUGGACAUCACAAUCAUUUCAGGAGAACUGGAAGAAGUGCAUCUGCCACAUUUUGCCUGUUUCGGUAUGUUUUAUUGUUUAUAACUAAAACAUAACUGAUGCAAACUACUUUUUUAAAUCCUUGUUGAUGUCAACCUAAUGUUUAUGCAAAUGUACGGUUUUUGCCUCUGCAGGCGAUGAUCCCUCCUUUAAAAAGAAAGUGAGAGUUCUACAUGUAGAAGACUGUGGCGUGUCCAUAGUAAAAGUGGAUGAAGUCACCCGCUUCCACGUCAAGAUCCUCCAUCCAUCCUUCUCUCCAAAAGGAGUUCUCGUGAGAUCUGGCCUUCGGGUGAAAGCGCACUGUGACUUGCUGCUCUACCAGGCCAAGACAGCAUUCCUCACGCUACAUGCAUAUCUGGUCCCCUGUGAUUCCUCUGUAGAACAGGUUAUUUCAUCUUAUUGUUCUCCUCUGUGAUUAAAUAAUCUCUUAAUGGUAUCAAUGCAGAUAAUACCAGUGGAUUAAAAAAAUAAGACAUUUAAUAUAUAGUGUAUAAUUGUCUAGAUAUUGCCAAGCUCCUAUUCAGUGCUUCACUUGGGCAGGAGCUCACCGGAGCUGACUACCAGCACCUCAAAUGUUCUACUGCUUGUUCCUCUUAUAGAAUUUUAGCUCAAAAGUAUUGUAUUGUGGAUCUCCUCCACCUAAAUAUAAACAGUACAGGCACCCAAAAUGAGUAAAUACGGUUCCUACAGACGGAAAAACAGCUGUUUAUUUUCUGUCCAAAAGCAGGGGAAUUUGGUGGACUUAUGGUGUUUGGAAACCGUGGGGGUCAGAGUCAGAUUAUUAUGGUGGGAGAUUAUAAUACAGUUUUAAGUACCUCAAUGGACUGUAAAUCAUAAAUCACACUACAAGCUAUCACCCUCAUGCACUUAGGGAAAUUACAAAUAUCAUGGACACAUUAGAACUAGAGGAUAUAUGGAGGCUUAAACAUCUAGAUUUAGUGAGAUAUACAUGGAGGAGGCUUAAUCAAACUAGCCGUCUUGAUUACUUACUUGUAUCCUUCGUGCUGGCACCAAAAGUUUUUUGAAAAGUGUUGAUGGGGGUAGAAUGCAGUCGGACCAUCAAAUAAUUGGCAUCCACAUGACUCUUACAGAAUUUCCACGUGGGCCAGGAUAUUGGAAAUUAAAUCAAAGCCUAUCGGAUGACAACCUGUUUUUAACCAAGACAAAUGAUAUCAUAUCUGACUUUUUUCCUGCGUAACAUAGGUACAGCAGAUCCACUUAUUGUAUGGGACACUUUUAAAUGUGCCUUCAGAGGUCAUGCAAUUCCAUUCUCAUCUUUAAAACAAAAACAAUUUCAUUCAAAAGUGUUCACAUUAACAAAGGAAAUAUAAGAAAUAACAGUACAGAUGGAUAGCAAUAAAAACGGUACCGUAGAGUCACAGAAUAAUUUAGAGGAAAAAAUUUAAUAAAUGGAGGAACUUAUUCGGGAAUUAUCAAGUAUAAUGUAUUAUAGAAGUCAAGCGAAUUGGAUGGAAAGUAAAAAAUGCUCAAAAUUGUUUUUCAAUCUUCAACAUAGAAAUGCUACCAAUAACAAUUUACAGAAAACUUGUUACAAAUGAUGGAGUCAUCCAUGAUUCACCAAAUUAUAUUCUGAAAGAGGAAGCAAAGUACUUUAAGCAUAAAUUAUUAUUAUUAUUAUAAAAUUAUUUUCAGUUGUCUCUUUUUCCACUACCUAAGGAUAUUUUUUCCUAAUAAUAGUGUAAAAUUAACAGCUGUACUGAAAGACUUGUGCAAGGGCCUAAUUGCAGAGGAUGACCUUCUUGAUGCAAUUAAAAGCUUUUAGGCCAGGGAAAACUCCAGGGCUGGAUGACAUACCAGUUGAGGUACAGUGCAUUUGUAAAGUAUUCAGAACACUUCCCUUUUUCCACAUUUUGUUACGUUACAGCCUUAUUCUAAAAUGGAUGGGGAAAAAAUGCUUGUCAAUCUACACAAAAAUACCACAUCAUGACAAAGUGAAAACUGUUUUUUAGAAAUUUUACCAAAUCUAUUACAAAUAAAAACAGAAAUACCUUAUUUACAUAAGUAUUCAGACCCUCGAAAUUGAGCUCGGGUGCAUCCUGUUUCCAUUGAUCAUCCUUGAGAUGUUUCUACAACUUCAUUGGAGUCCACCUGUUUUAAGAUCAAUUGAUUGGACAUGAUUUGGAAAUGCACACACCUGUCUAUAUAAGGCCCCACAGUUGACAGUGCAUGUCAGAGCAAAAACCAAGCCUUGAGGUCAAAGGAAUUGUCCGUAGAGCUCCAAGACAGGAUUGUGUUGAGGCACAGAUCUGGGGAAGGGUACCAAAUAAUUUCUGUAGCAUUGAAGGUCCCCAAGAACACAGUGGCCUCCAUCAUUCUUAAAUGGAAGAAGUUUGGAACCACCAAGACUCUUCCUGGAGCUGGCCUCCCGGCCAAACUGAGCAAUCGAGGGAGAAGGGCCUUUGUCAGGAAGGUGACCAAGAACCCGAUGGUCACUCUGACAGAGCUCCAGAGUUUUUUGCUAUUCAAAUUAGAUCUAACAAUAAUAUAGAGGGGAUUAAAAACAAAGGUGUCAUUGUACUCUGACGACUCAAAGUUCCUCUUAAAUCCGCAAUCUGGAUAAUUUUUCUAACCUCUCUCGAUUACAACCAAACUAUUAUAAGUGAACCAUAUUAGGUAUAUUCGAUUUUUUUUUAAUGCAACUUAUUUUAGCAAAAUAUAUUUCACUUUAUUUGGAAUGGCAAGCCAGACAAAAUAAAACAUGCUCAUUUAUAUAAUGAAUAUGAGUUCGGGGGCUAAAAUGAUUAAAUAUUAAAGCAUUAAACCUCUCACUAAAAUAAUCAGUCAUACAAAAGUUAUACUUAAACCCGAACUGGUUCUCCAGUAGAUUACUAAGAAUGGCUCAUCCCUUGUUAAAAAAUGGCAUUUUCCCCUUUAUCAAGAUUAUAAUCUCUCACUUUCAGUUAAUUGAAAAUGUAACCUUUAUCAAAAUAUCGUCCUUUCUAAAACAAGCCAUGCAAAAAGCUGGUUGCAAUUCCAGUUUCACCCUCCAGAAAAGACAGCACAAAUAUUACAACAAAUAAUAUGGUUGAAUUCAAAUACUAACUGACAUGUAUAAGUACUAUAUACAGUGGGGGAAAAAAGUAUUUAGUCAGCCACCAAUUGUGCAAGUUCUCCCACUUAAAAAGAUGAGAGAGGCCUGUAAUUUUCAUCAUAGGUACACGUCAACUAUGACAGACAAAAUGAGAAAAAAAAAUCCAGAAAAUCACAUUGUAGGAUUUUUAAUGAAUAUAUUUGCAAAUGAUGGUGGAAAAUAAGUAUUUGGUCAAUAAAAAAAGUUUCUCAAUACUUUGUUAUAUACCCUUUGUUGGCAAUGACACAGGUCAAACGUUUUCUGUAAGUCUUCACAAGGUUUUCACACACUGUUGCUGGUAUUUUGGCCCAUUCCUCCAUGCAGAUCUCCUCUAGAGCAGUGAUGUUUUGGGGCUGUCGCUGGGCAACACAGACUUUCAACUCCCUCCAAAGAUUUUCUAUGGGGUUGAGAUCUGGAGACUGGCUAGGCCACUCCAGGACCUUGAAAUGCUUCUUACGAAGCCACUCCUUCGUUGCCCGGGCGGUGUGUUUGUCACUGCAGGAUUUGAGUCCCUGGCGGCGUAGUGUGUUACUGAUGGUAGACUUUGUUACUUUGUUCCCAGCUCUCUGCAGGUCAUUCACUAGGUCCCCCCGUGUGGUUCUGGGAUUUUUGCUCACCGUUCUUGUGAUCAUUUUGACCCCACGGGGUGAGAUCUUGCGUGGAGCCCCAGAUCGAGGGAGAUUAUCAGUGGUCUUGUAUGUCUUCCAUUUCCUAAUAAUUGCUCCCACAGUUGAUUUCUUCAAACCAGGGUGCUUACCUAUUGCAGAUUCAGUCUUCCCAGCCUGGUGCAGGUCUACAAUUUUGUUUCUGGUGUCCUUUGACAGCUCUUUGGUCUUGGCCAUAGUGGAGUUCGGAGUGUGACUGUUUGAGGUUGUGGACAGGUGUCUUUUAUACUGAUAACAAGUUCAAACAGGUGCCAUUAAUACAGGUAACGAGUGGAGGACAGAGGAGCCUCUUAAAGAAGAAGUUAUAGGUCUGUGAGAGCCAGAAAUCUUGCUUGUUUGUAGGUGACCAAAUACUUAUUUUCCACCAUAAUUUGCAAAUAAAUUCAUUAAAAAUCCUACAAUGUGAUUUUCUGGAUUUUUUUCCUCAAUUUGUCUGUCAUAGUUGAUGUGUACCUAUGAUGAAAAUUACAGGCCUCUCUCAUCUUUUUAAGUGGGAGAACUUGCACAAUUGGUGGCUGAUUAAAUACUUUUUAUUACUUGUAUAUAAAAAAAGGGCCAUAUAUGUCAAAUGUACAUGUAAACAAAAGAAAAAGCUGUAAAAACAACGUUUAUUUUUGUCCUCCUGAGUGGAUGUGCCGUAAAAAAUUACACAUAAAAUUAGAGUCAGAUAUGGUUUUGCUGUGUCGAAACAUCUCGCUGCAGUUUUUCUUGGGGUUGCCGGUUUUUCGGUUUAGAAUAUAUUAUAUAGUUCAUUCAUUGACAGUUUCACACCACAAAAUCCAACAAAAUGUAAUGUGUGAAUGGUUUUGAUAAGGAAAUGUUGGCUUAUGCUUCUUCAGGCUAUGAAGAAAAAGGAGCAGUCUUAUGGAUACAGGAGUAUCAGAAAGCCGCAACCAGUGAAGUCCCUUCGGAUGAAGGAUUGGUUCAGCCUCACAACAUCAUCUCCCUCUGCUGAAGUUAAACCUCCUGUAUGGGUUGAGCUCCCACAGAAUAUCAAUCUAGUCCAAAAAGCAAUAGCAAUUUUAAUAUCCUAUAAAAAAAACUACCAAAAGAAACACCCUCUCAUCUACUGUCUCCACAGAAAAUGAAGCUGAGGUAUGACAACACUACACCAAACUUCUUUGAGGUGUUCAUAGAAGAUGCAGAUGUUGACUUUGGGAUGAAGCUUAUCAGUGACGUGGCGGGGGAAAUAGUCUGGGAUCAUACAAUACGAAAAGGUCAGAAAAAGAUUAUGCGAAAAAUAUCAGUGUCUCAACAGACACCAUGUCAGUUAAAGUCAAAGAUAAUAAUAAUAAUAAUAAUAAUAAUAAUAAUAAUAAUAAUAAUAAUAAUAAUAAUAAUAAUUCAAUUUGGUGUGUUUUUCCCCCAGCUGACUACAGACACGAAACCACUCAGAAUUCACAAAGUAAGUGUUGUAAUAUUCCUGUAAACAUUAGAAGAUCCAAAACUAAAUGAUUUUUCAUUCAGCUUGGAUCCCAUCUCCGUCCUAUGGAUUAAAAAAAUAAACAAUGAUUGGUGUUACUUGGAUUAUUAUUUUUUACAUGAUAGUACUUUAAAAAGAAGUGGCAAUAUUUAGAGAAUAUAGUGGCAAUAUUUAGAGAAUAUAAUCAAAAUUACAUUUUGUGAAUAAAGUGGUAAUAUUUAGAGAAUAAAAAGGCAAUAUUUCCAAAAUAAAAUGGCAAUAUUUGGACACACUUGGUGAUUUAUUAGAUCAUUAGAUUUAUAAGUGUGAGUGUGCAGUGACGCCUGUUUGAACGGGCGUAUUAGAUCAUUCGAUUUAUGGCCGAAUAUUACCAUAUUAUUCUCGAAAUAUUGUCACAUUAUUCUCAAAAUAUUGCCAUAUUAUUCUCGAAAUAUUGUCACAUUAUUCUCGAAAUAUUGCCACAUUGUUCUCAAAAUAUUGCUACAUUAUUCUCAAAAUAUUGCCACAUUAUUCUCAAAAUAUUGCCACAUUUUUAAAGUACCAUCAUGCAAAAAAAAUAUCCAAGUAACACCACCUGUUGCUGUUUCUUUUUUUUCUCUUCACUUGGUUCUAAUACUCUUCCGUAGCAUCCAAGCUUCAGCACAAUUUAUCAUGGCUGCGUUUAAAACUCAAAGUAGACAGCCCUCGGCCCUAAACCCUCAGCCCUUGAAUGAUGUUUUACAUCGUCACAUCCUAGUAUACCUUAAAUGUCCCUUACCCAAUCAUGGGAGAGUGAUGAUCGGAGAGGCAACGUCCUUGGUGGAAAUUUUGAAGUUGAGCUUAAAAACAACCAACUUAAAGCUAUUAAUGUGUCUAGUAAGCUAACGUAUCUAGCUAGCACCCCUGUCAGGUAGCUAGCUACAGUUACCCAUAGCUGGCUAGCUAGUUUUAUAGUUUGGUAACUUAUUCCAAUACAUUUCAGAAUUCCAAAAAUGUUUAUGAAUCUAGUUACGUUUUAUAGGCUCCUCACUACGAGACUAAGCCAAUUUGCCAACGCUAAAAUCAAUGGCUAUUUCUAUUUUUUAGCAAGCUAGCUUCAUAUUUUUUCUGACAUGCCGAAAAUGCAGCCUUGUUGAUUAAAUUUGACACUUCGCGGCCACCAGAGUUUGACAUGUGACUACAGUUUGCAUUGUGGGUCAUAUCAAACCCGCAAGUGACCAAAGUUGUUCACUCGCACCCUCAAGAUAAAUCGAGGGCUGAAGUGAGUGAAUUGGACCUCCACUUAAGAUGGCAAUCAAACUGCAUCUGGUUUCGACUGAGAUUCCCGUGAGGGAAAGUGGCUAGUGCAAGGGCUGAGGGGGUAAAAAUAACGUGUUUAGACUGCAGACAAUGUUUUUUAUUUCGUUUUUUGUAUUAUUUUCGUUUUUUUUAUUACAAAUGUGAAUUUCAUCACUUUUAAAUGCAAUUGUCCUGCAACCAAUCUUUACCUCAGACCAGCACUUUGUUGACCUCCACCGGACAGACCUGAUCCAGAGAGUGAGCCAGGUGAAGCCCAUCUUGGAUAAACUCCUGGCCAAGAGAGUCAUCACUGUCGAGGGCUACAGUACAAUAAUGGCCAAACACACCACCCAGGACCAGAUAAGGGAGCUCUACAUGGGACCUCUGAGGGCAAGCGGCAGCAGAGCGAAAAAUAUUUUCUAUGAGAUCCUGAAGGAGCUGGAGCCACUGCUAAUCAAAGACCUGAAGGAUGAAUGAGGAGCUGGACUGGUGAAUGGGGGGCAUUUUAAGCUCAUUUUAGGGGAAAGGGGCAUAAAUGAUGGCAGUUACAGUUGGUUUGAAAACUUUGUGUUUACAAGAAACACAAUAUAAGAGGAGCAUAGCAUCAUUAUUUUAUCAUUCUUAUUUUUCCACAUGUAAAUAUUAGUAGCCAGCAGAACAGCAACCCAAUGUUUUAGCCUGGAGGCUUUGCCAAAUAUAUACUAUUUGAUAGUUGGGUUGGAAUUGAAUUUCCUCUGAAAAGAUAAAUGCUCAACCAUGUCACCUAGAUGCUCUGGAUCAUUUACAGACAAGAAAAUAUAUAAAGGAAAUAUUUUAUGACAAUAGAAAAAUAUAUAAUGAAACGAUGAUGCAAAGAACAAUUACAUUAUUUCAUUUUGGCUAUUUUAUGAAUGACAAGUCAGUGAGGGUAAGGAAUACCAGUGAUGUAAGUAAAUAUAUGAAGAUAUGACUUUGUAAAGCUUUAUGUACCCGCCUAAUGAAACGUUUUACAGUAAUGAAUGAUUUGUGACAUCAUUUUCACAACACAGGUAUUAGAAUAUGUAUUGAAAUAAAUACCUACUUACAGAUGUGGCUUUUGUCCUGA